AUGACUACUUGUACUGUGAAUAAGACGAACGAUAUCGCCAAGCUGCAGAAAACUUUGGCAAUUGCUUUUGCCGAUAGUGCUGCCUGUCAUUAUCUGAGUAAGAAAUUUCUGGAGAUACCAACCUCGAAGCAUUUGAGCGAUGAAGAGCUGUACGACACGUACAGAUAUUUCUGCGAGGACUUCCUAGCUAGAGGUGGUCUUUUGCUAGAAAGCAACAACUUUGACUGUGCUGCGAUAGUUCUUCCUCCUCAAGAUAAACCAGUCAAGACAGCAAAAACUAAAGAUCCUAGAUUCAAUGAGCAGUUCAUAGAGACAAUUGCUCGUCAUAAGGAAGCAUUACAGUUGGGUAGUAAAAUAAAAUAUUAUUAUCUUUUCAUGAUUGGCAAAAACCUCGAGCAACCAGAAGUGAGGGGAUCUGCAAGGGCCAUCCUAACAUAUUUGAAGCAGAAGGCAGAUGAGCAGAACGCCGCAGUGGUCCUUGAAGCGAUCAGUGACAAAGCGAAGAAGGUCUAUGAAUACUUUGGGUUUAUAGACUAUGCUGAUGUGAACUAUGGGCAAGGAGAUGUGGAUUCAAAUGGACGACCUGAUCCUGAUGGAGAGGGUUUCGUGUUGAAUCUCAUGGUGUAUUACAAGGGUGGGAAAUUACUUCCUAAGUAG